UUCUUUUCUUUUACGGCUUUGAUGAAGAUAAUCAUAGUCAUAGGAUUUAUGGUUUUUGCUUCUAGAAAUUUGAUGAUAUCUAAACAGGGAUCCUUAGGCUAAUUAAACUCAAAUAUGAAUAUUUCAAUCAUAUGAUUUGUUGCUUGUGAACAUCCCAACAUGGUGGAAGCUUAAUUCCUAUAGUUCUUUUUGUGGCAAUCCUGGACCUAUGCUAUGGGAGUUCUUCUCGACAAUGAGGGCAAUAUUAUAUUUUUAUGCACCGUUGUCCUAAUGGCAUAAUUUAUGCAUCAAAGAUGGAAGUUUUUGUCCUUCAUGAAGGUUUCGAGGCUUCUUGGUGAGGAGCACAAGGGCUUGAUUGUCAUGGAAGGCGAUCUCUUAAUUCAAUCAUGCUGAGCCAUGGAGGCACUUGUUUGUAUUAGAUGAAAUUCAUUUUUGAGCAUCAAGGCUAACACAUAGAUUUCUCACAUUGGCAAAGAGGCGAAUUUGUUAGCUGAUGGUUUGGCUAGAGGGGCAGCUGUCCCUUCUCUUGCUCUUUGGAACUUAUUUUGCCCCUCUUGAUUUAUUCUUGAUCCUUUUCGAAAAAAGUUCCUGCCCUUCCAAAUAAAUAAAUAAAUAAAUAAUCUGGUCAUAUUUGCUUACCAGGUUAGUGCUUGAGAAAUUUGUGUUUGAUUUUAUUUAUUUAUAUUUUUUUUUUUUUGAGAAAUUUUCAAUUUGUGUUUGAUGGUUUGGUCAUGGUUUUAGCAAGAUUUCAUUUUUCUUGAUCCAAGAAAGACGUGGCUGCUCUGGAUCCUUCUAGUCCUUUGGCAUAUCUUUGUUAUAGCAGAUAUCAUUCUGUGCAUUUUAUCUAGUAGUGAGAAGUUGGGAGGACAAAUUCCUUUGUGGGUUUUCGUAGCUCUUCCUCAAUACAUGCAGACCUGUCGAGCGAAAGAUUGAUGAUGUUCGUUUAAGAAAUUCAUUGUACGCAUGUACUUUAUGCACUGUCUUUAGGAUUCCUGAAGUUUCUGGGACCAGAUCCUUCAGCCUAUUUGUUUGGUUCAUGAUCAGAAAGAGUAUGCUGUUAAUGCUUCUGCUUGUGGCAACAUAUUCACUCGGCAUAGAUUUGAAGCCCUUUCUUCCUUGGACCAUGAAUUUAAAGCUGGGGACAUAAAUAGCACGAGAUUGGGUGGUUCUAGUGUAAAUUCAUUACUGAUUUUUGAAGGUUGGCUAAUGGAUAAUUAUUAUUAUUUCCAAUGUCUAAUGUUUGUGACACAUUAUAAUCAUUCAAACUAUAAAGCAAUUAGGCUAUCAGAUUAGUAUGUGGCUCUGUUUUUCCCUUCUCCGCUGUUGAAUUGGACAGAAGCUCCUAUCGAGGGGUACAAAUUAUUGAAUGACUGUCAGACAUGCAUUUUUAACUCUCUUAAGAGAAAAUCAAGUAUAUGUUCUUAGUUUCUGGAUUAUUGUGUAAAUAUGCAGAUAUUCUCUACUCUUCUGGUGGACCAUGUAUGAUCUGAUUAUGAAACUUCGAUUGUAUGCAAUUACUUGUCGUCUAUUAUUAUCUUCAAUUCAUUUCAAAGCCAUCCAUUAGAAAGUUCACUGUUUCAGUGGGUAUUGUAAGGAGGUAAGAUUUGUAAGAGGACUGGAAGAUUGCAUUUUCUCAGUUUAAAACCCCAGUAAGUGACUGAGCCAUUGUCAAAGAUCAUGAGUAGCGAUAGUAUCAUUACUUUGAAACAAAGUGAGUCUCAUAAAGGAGUAUCACUGUCUUCUUGUAAUGCCCCCUCCUCAAUUCGUAAUCUAUUCAAUGCUGAAUCAAAUGGCCAAAAAGUGCUGGAUAAGAGCUUUUCAUCCACUCAUCCAUCCUUGAAUGUACAAACAGAGUCACUUGGUUCAUCCAGACCACAGCAAGGACCUGAAUUCCAUCCUAAGAUGUUAAGCCUGCACUCUAAUCCAAGCAGUCCUAUUUCUUAUAGUUCUCAUCCCCAAGACCCCAAACAGCUUUGUUCUCAAUCUUCUUCUUUCUGUACCAAUCUGUACUUAUCAUCUUCAACAAGCUCAGAGACCCAUCGGCAGCUUGGCAACCUACCCUUCCUUCCUCAUCCUCCGAAGUGGGACCAGCCUGUAUAUACAAAGUCUACAUUGCAUUUGGGUGAGGUUCUAGGUGAUCAAUGGGAUGAGGGUGACUGCUCAGAGGAUCUGAUGAAAGACUUUCUUAAUUUCCCUGGGGUUGCUUCUAACGGCAGCUUUGAUGAUGAGACUUACACCAGCAAAAGUUUAGCAUUUACAGAACAACUGGACUUGCAGAUUUUGUCAGAGGAGCUCGACAUAGCCAUCACAGGCAAUGGGGAAAAUCCUGGGCUGGAUGAAAUUUAUGAAAUGCCUCAAGUUCCACCUGUCCCAGUAGUUGGAUCUAAAGGCAAUGAUACCCAUCAGCAUCUGGUCUCUCCAGCAGUUCAAAUCCCUUCAAGCCCCUCAACUUCUGUGGCUGCAGCUCUAAACAAGCCACGGUUGAGAUGGACGCCAGAGCUCCAUGAGCAGUUUUUGGAAGCUGUUAACAAGCUUGAUGGGGCCGAGAAGGCAACUCCAAAGGGUAUAUUGAAGGUAAUGAAUGUUCAGGGUUUGACAAUCUAUCAUGUAAAAAGCCACCUACAGAAAUACCGACUUGCCAAGUAUCUUCCGGAGGCAAAAGAAGAGAAAAAGUCCUCAUCUGAAGACAUGAAGGGAGCUUCUGUUGGUACUAAAUCCGAUCCAUGCAUCCAAAGGGGCAUGGAAGUUGCAGAGGCUCUACGCAUGCAAAUAGAAGUCCAGAAACAGCUUCAUGAACAGCUUGAGGUGCAAAGGGCCCUUCAGUUACGCAUUGAGGAACAUGCAAGGCACUUGCAGAAGAUCUUGGAAGAACAACAGAAAGCUGGCCAUAGAUUAAUUGCGGGUCAAAACCCAGAGUCGUCAUCCGGCCUUCAGCCAAAUUCUGAGUCUCAGGUUGGAUCUUCAGCGACUAAUGCAUUGCUACAGAAAGUUGAAUCCAAGGUGGACUCCAGCUCAUCUCUCCCAUCAAAGCAUAAAGCCACCGAUCCUGAUAGUGAAUCCGAGCCGCAGGCAGAUCAGAAGCGGAUCAGGCUAGAAGGCAAAACAGAAAUAGUGACAGAUGAGCCUGUUAAAAAUUCAGUGCAGUGACUGAAUUGCUGCUCCUGAACAUUAUUUCAUUCAUUUCUUUUCAGAGUUUGUUCAGGAUCUGGAAUCCAACUGUAUAGUUCUAUGAUAUUUAGUUUUGAGUAGUGCAUUGCAUUCCCGAAUAUUUAGGUCUUGUAAAUAUCAUUUGAAAAUUUGAACCAGAAAGGCAUGAAUGAACUGAUGGAUUCUCA